AUGAAGUUUUCGCACAGUGUGCAGUUCAAUGCUGUACCUGACUGGAGCUCCAACUAUAUUGCGUACAGCAAUCUGAAGAAAUUGAUUUAUACCCUUGAAAAACAGGCCAAUAGGACCGACGGCCAGUCCACCACCGAUGUCGAGGCUGCACCGCUGCUGGGUGCUCAAACGAGCAACCCAGAUGCCGUUUUCAAGCGUGCUCUCGACGCAGAAAUGGAUAAGAUCUGUACCUUCUUCCAGAAGAAGGAGGCGGAGAUUUUCGAACUCGCCGAUGAGAUCAUCCAGGACGCUCAUGUUUAUGUUUCCCAGACAGACGGUGUCGACAUGGACCCGGUGAGCGAAACAAUCAUUAAGGCCAGUACCCGUCGAAAUGAUGGACCUCCUGGCCCCCGUCGCCGGUCCAGUGGUGUCAGCAAUGAUUCCAUGGCCGAUGAUGAAGAGGGAUACAGCGACGAUGACCGGUCGACCACUCUUCCUCAACGUCGGCGAAUGAUGCAAUCGACAGAUGGCGAGUCCGGCACAGACGAUCAGCACGGCGACCUCGCGGAUUCUUCAUUCUUUGGACAGCCAGGGUCUGAUAUGCACGGCUCAUAUCUUAAUGACGAAGACUUCCUUGCUCUGUAUAACACCGGCAUUUCGCUGAAGAAGCGCCUGAUCGAGGGUUACGUCUCGCUCUGCGAGCUUCGGUCAUUUAUUGAGCUGAACAAGACUGGUUUCGCCAAGGCGCUGAAGAAAUACGACAAGACUUUGGACCGCAACUUGCGUCGAGAUUACCUGGCCUCUGUUGUCCACCCCGCGACGCCGUUCGUUGAGCGCACCAUGGCUGCUGUCGAUAGUCACAUCGAGGAAGUCGAGGGUGUCUACGCGAGUAUUGUCACCAAGGGCAAUAGGCAACUCGCCAGACGCGAGCUACGAUUGCAUUUGCGUGAGCAUGUCGUCUGGGAGCGCAACACAGUCUGGCGUGAGAUGAUUGAGAUUGAGCGCCGUGCGCAGGCUGCAAAUGUUGGUAUCCGUCGGACGCUACUGGGUGGCGAUGAGGAUCCGGCUACUGCACGGCGCCAGGGUGAUAAGAAUGAGAUCCGUACUCGUGAAGUCUCAACGCCGCUAGGUCGGUUCCAGUUCCCGUUGUGGUUCUGCAGCUUGAGCUUCGGUACGUUGGUUCUCAGUGUAGCCGUGUUCGGCGCUUUGCUCUCCAUGCAGACUAUGGAAACCCCCGAGCAACAGAACUGCUUGGCCAUGCUAGUCCUUGUCAGUAUUCUGUGGGCAACUGAGGCGAUUCCGCUGUUUGUUACCUCCCUUCUGAUUCCAUUCUUGGUUGUCACACUUGGCAUCAUGAGAUCAGAUGAGAAGCCGCACGAGCGACUUGGACCAAAGGAGUCUGUGGGAAUGGUGUUUUCGGCGAUGUGGACCCCGGUGAUUAUGCUUCUCCUUGGUGGCUUCACUAUUGCGGCAGCGCUAUCCAAGUACGACAUUGCCCGGCGCAUGGCCAUGUUCGUGCUCAGUAAAGCCGGCUCGAAGCCAUCCACGGUUUUGCUGACGAACAUGUUCGUGAGUAUGUUCCUGAGCAUGUGGAUCAGUAACGUUGCAUCUCCCGUGCUCUGCUACUCUAUCAUUCAACCUUUACUGCGCAACAUGCCACCAGAGUCGGAUUUCGCCAAAGCCCUCGUGCUCGGCAUUGCUCUGGCCGCCAAUGUCGGUGGUGCGGCAUCCCCAAUCGCCUCCCCUCAGAACAUCAUAGCUCUGCAGAACAUGUUCCCCAACAUCAGCUGGGGCACAUGGUUCUUCAUCUCACUGCCCGUCUGCAUCAUCUCCAUCCUGCUCAUCUGGGCUUUGCUUCUGGCAACUUUCCGCCCUGGUCGUAAUGCUACCGUCAUCCCCAUCCGCCCUGUCAAGGAUCGAUGGACCGGCAUGCAAUAUUUCAUCAGCAUUGUCACUCUCAUGACAAUCGCUCUUUGGUGCGCUAGCCACCAGCUCGAACACAUCUUCGGCGAUAUGGGUGUCAUCGCCAUCAUCCCGCUUGUCCUCUUCUUCGGAACGGGUAUUCUCAACAAGGAAGACUUCAACAACUUUCUAUGGACGAUUAUCAUCCUCGCCGCCGGUGGACUAUGUCUAGGCAAGGCAGUGACCUCCUCUGGACUACUGCACACCAUUGCCGCCGACAUUACCACCCGCGUCGAGCAUCUCAGUCUGUACGGCGUGCUGUUGGUCUUCAGCGCCCUAAUCCUCGUAAUCGCCUCGUUCAUCUCGCACACCGUUGCCGCUCUGAUCAUCUUGCCUCUCGUCCGCCAGAUCGGCGUCAACAUGGAAGACCCCCACCCCAACCUGUUGGUCAUGGCCAGCGCCUUGAUGUGCUCCGUCGCUAUGGCUUUGCCCACCAGUGGCUUCCCCAAUAUGACUGCCAUUAUGACCGAAGUUCCUCAGACAGGCCAGCGGUACCUUCAGGUCCGCCAUUUCCUUACUCGUGGUAUUCCAUCCAGUUUGAUGGCCUUUGCUGUGAUCGUCACGCUCGGCUAUGGGCUGAUGUGGGUCGCGGGUUUAUAG